AUGGGUGAAAUGCAGGGAGAAGUUUCGGAAUUAACCCAUUUUAUGCAGAGGUUUUCUUGGGUGGAUUAUGUAGUGUUUGUGUUUAUGUUGGCGAUUAGUGCUGUUGUGGGUGUUUACUGGGGUUUUAUGAAGAAGCAGACGACGCAAGCUGAUUAUCUACUAGGAGGACGAAAUAUGAAAGUGAUUCCUGUUUCUAUGUCGCUUGUGGCCAGUUUCGUGUCAGGAAUAACUUUGUUGGGGUCACCAACAGAGGUUUAUAUGCACGGGACUCAAUAUGCGUUUAUCAUGGGGGCAAUAUUCUUGAUGUCGGUGAUCAUGACGCAGGUUUAUUUGCCUGUGUUCUAUGAACUCAAGAUUACUUCUAAUUAUGAGUACUUAUCAAUCAGAUUUGACAACAGAGUGCGAUUGUUUGGAUCAAUUUUGUUUGCUUUCACGUUGAUAGGUUGGUUGCCUAUUGUGAUAUACGUUCCAGCACUGGCAUUUAAUCAAGUAACGGGUGUUGAUAUACAUAUAAUUACUCCGAUAGUAUGUUUAGUCUGCAUUUUCUACACAAGUGCGGGUGGAUUACAAGCGGUAGUAUGGACGGACGUGAUCCAAAUUACCGCUAUGUUUGGUGCCAUGGCCUUGGUCGCAAUCAAAGGGACCAUUGACGUGGGCGGCAUUGGAGUUGUCUUCCAGAGGAACAUGGACAGCGGAAGGAUUGAAAUGCCAAAUUGGGAUCCAAAUCCUCUGACGCGACACACAAUAUGGAGUCUUGUUGUAGGCGGGACAAUCUACUGGCUACAAUCGAAUGCUGUCAAUCAGACUAUGAUCCAACGAUAUCUUUCAUUACCGACUUUACGGGGAGCUAAAUGGGCAGUAUUCCUGUUCUGUAUCGGCAUCUCCUUUCUUUAUUGCUUCUGCCUUUAUUGUGGCUUGUUGAUCUACGCAAGAUUUCACGACUGCGAUCCUUUGCAGACUAAGUUAGCUAAAGCAAAGGAUCAACUACUUCCACUAUUAGUAAUGGAUGUUCUUGGUGAAAUUCCUGGACUGCCUGGAGUUUUCAUAGCUGGCAUUUUUAGCGCAGCUUUAAGUUCUUUAUCAACGAGUUUGAAUUCGAUGUCUGCGGUUGUGUUAGAAGACUUCUAUAAGCCUUUCUUCAAGAAACCUUUGACUGAUAGACAGGCCAGCUGGAUCAUGAAGGGUGUCGUCGUAAUACUGGGCACGCUCUGUGUAGCACUAGUUUUCAUAGUGGAGAAGAUGGGAACAAUCUUACAAUUGACGAUGACGUUAGAAUCUAUGACGAUGGGCCCACAGCUUGGUGUUUUCACUAUGGGGAUUCUUAUGCCUUGGGUAGAUGCCACAGGUGCCCUAAUAGGUGGUGUAAGCGGUCUAGCAGUGAUGUCAUGGUGGUGUCUCACGUCACAACUGGCCAUAGCUAGAGGACAAAUAGUGCACUCACACAAGUCCCUGUCUACUGCAGGGUGCACGUACAACUUCACUGCGGUGGAGGAUGUUGUUGAAGAAUCCGUGUUUAGUGAGGAAGUAAACCCGGUGCUCAGAGUGUCGUACAUGUGGUAUACCCUCGCUGGGAUGAUGGUGAGCAUAUGCGUUGGUGCAAUCGUCUCCCGGAUAAAUCGUGCGAGAGGGACGCCGCACCUUCCUCCCGCUCCAUGUCUUCUCGCCCCUCAGUUAAGAAGGUUAUAUAAAGAACCUCCACACCCUACUGAUGAGCCCUUCAUUAGUGCUUAUGGACAAAAUAAGGAAGCCUGCCACGUGAACUCUACCUCAAUAAGCAUGAAGCCAAUUACUGAAUCUGAAGAAAUUAGUUAA